CAGUCAUUCAAGCUGCUCAGCGCUGGUGGUGUGAGAGCGUCCGUUCGGUUAGGCCAUCUGGGUUCGCGUAAAACUGCAUCCUGAACCGGACUGGACCCUGAAUGGGGGAUCUUAACGCAGUGAAAUACACUUUCCCGUCCAUGCUGCAGGAAUAAGCGGCCAUUGACGGGAAGCGAACGUUUAGGCGGCGGUGCUGUCAACGGAGAGUGGAGCUAUUACAGCAAAAGCAUUCAAUAUAGAUCAACACAGUGCGACGAGAACCUGGGGGGAUUUAUUAAUAACUAAAAAGCAACUUGAUGGAUUUAGAGACCGGAAGAAACGAACUGGGGGCGAUGGGAAACCCGUUGCAGCCGCAGACCCCCAGUCGCCACGAGAAAAGUCUUGGGCUGCUCACCACCAAAUUUGUGACUCUGCUUCAGGAAGCGAAGGACGGAGUGUUGGACCUGAAAGCUGCUGCAGAUACGUUGGCUGUAAGGCAGAAACGGCGCAUCUACGACAUCACCAAUGUUUUGGAAGGCAUUGGACUAAUAGAGAAGAAAUCCAAAAACAGCAUCCAGUGGAAGGGUGUUGGUCCAGGCUGCAACACACGUGAAAUUGCAGACAAGCUGAUAGAUCUUAAGUUGGAAUUGGAGGAUCUUGACCGGAGGGAACAUGAGCUGGACCAGCAGAGGGUUUGGGUACAACAGAGCAUCAAGAAUGUGACUGACGACUCUCUGAAUAGCCCUCUAGCGUAUGUAACACAUCAAGACCUCUGCAAUUGCUUCAAAGGUGACACUCUUCUAGCAAUCAGAGCUCCCUCAGGAACACAGCUGGAGGUUCCUGUUCCUGAAUCUCAGGGCAAUGGACAAAAGAAGUACCAGAUUCACCUUAAGAGCUCCAUGGGCCCCAUUGAGGUCCUCCUGGUCAACAAAGACCCCUCUAGCUCAUCUCCUGUGGUGCUGCCAGUACCCCCGCCAGAUGACAUGCUUCAGGGCCUCUCCACCCCAGCUUCAGCUACCUCUGCUGCUGACACACCCACCAAACAAGCAGCCAACAGUAUGCCAUCUCCUUCCUCCACCUGCCAGAGUCCUACCACCAUCAACACAACCAAUGCAUCUACUGCUGCAACAGCCACAGACAUUUCAAGCACAACCACUUCAGAUGCAACAGCCAAUCUGUCAUCUUCAGUGGGCUCCCAGCAACUGCAGUCAUCUGCUUCAUUGGACAGCAGCUCUUCACUUCCUGAUUCCUCAACGCUUUUUGAACCAAUCAAAACAGACCCUUCAGAAUUGCUGGAUUUCCCCAAAGAACUUUCAGAAAUGUUUGAUCCUAAAGAUAUCAUGAGUACAGAUCUGCUGGAGGAGCUAAUGUCUUCAGAAGUUUUCUCUCCACUCCUUCGUCUGUCCCCUCCUCCGGGUGACCAUGAUUAUAUCUAUAACCUGGAUGAGACGGAGGGCCUUUGUGACCUUUUUGAUGUUCCCGUUGCCAACCUUUGACCUCCAAGCACACCAUAAAAUAUGAGUUGUGUACUUAAAAACUUUUAAACCCUUUUCCAAGGAGAAAAAAAAGAAAGUGUGGCUCUGUGUCAGAUCCAUGUGUACGAUAAGCUGAUUCUGUGUGUAUAUAAAGCAUUUUUAUAUAUGUAUAUUUACUCCUCACCCACAACAGCUGGCUGAAAGGAACUUUCCCUGCUAAAUUCAACUGAAAUAAACUUUACCAGUCCCUGUUCCAUUCAACUGAUGAAGAUAUCAGACAUCCAGAAUAGCAUAAUUUGUCAAAGCAAACUAUAUUGGUGUACGGACAUUAUUUUUUUUAUACUACUUUUGUAUAGACACAGAGGUUUUUUUUUUUUUGUUUAUCACAGAAAUAGACUAAACUCACCAGCAGUGGUUAAUGAUUCAAAGAAAAUACCAGCUAUAUUUUUAAAGUAGUACCUUUUGCCCGAUAGCAUGGGCACGGCAUAUUUACUUAUGACUUCUCUAAAACAAACUUGCAUACAGAUUAUUAAUAAGAAAUGAUAAUAAUUUGUGCUAGCAACCAUCAUGCUUAUUGCAUGCUUUUAAACAAAGUAUGCCUCCAAUGUGAAGAGUUUCAAGAAAUUCAGCCAAUAGGAAACCGUUUGUUCUCAUCUUUCAGCAAAUGACGAUACUUAAAAGCAGCCAGCAGGAGUAAUUAAGUUACACUAAUAUCUGAUGAGGCAACAAGCAUAUUAGGGAGAUUGUAAGGUUACUGAUAUUGCAGAAUAGGCUAUUGUUUGGAAGAUUUACAGCUUUGUGCUAUGUAAUUAAACAUAUUUAUUAUAUCAUCAAGCUUUUCAGAAAAAGUGAAGGGACAUGCUUAAGUGUUGGAUAAACCAUUCCUACUAUAUUCUAACUGUUUUUGGCUGUUUAGGUGUGUAGUCAUGUUAAUACUCUUGACUCACAAAAGGCUAGUCUACAGAGUUUGUAAUACAUUAUGAAAUGAAUGCCAACAUAUGCUACAAUUAGUAUUUAGUCUUACAUAUGAAUUUAACAUUGUUUUAACUGGACAAUUGCUGUCUAAAAACCCUGUACAAAUGUUAUAUUAGAUGGCAGUUAUUGCUAUUUUUGUAUUGUGAAACAUAAGCCCUACCUUAUCAGCAUCUGUCCUAUUCUCAUCCCAUAUAUGUGUGUAGAUUCUUUUUAGAGUUAGUAACAUGUCAUUAUGUCUGUAUAUGAGAAUAACUGUUUUAAGAAGGAUGUGGGCUUGGGGUGGGUAUUAAAGAGCAGUCACAAUAUGACCAUAGAGUAUCAAAUAGAAUGUUGUUCUGUUGGCUCCUAAAUAUGUACGUAUCAACUAACUGAAAACAGAUUGUCAUUUAUUGUUAUUGUUCCAUAUAUUGUAUUUUUCUGUAUGUAUCAUUUAUGUGCUAAAUGAUAUUUUUAUGCUUGUACACAGUGCAAGCAUACCAUUUAUGUUUGUACAUGGUAGUUUUCUGAAUGAUCUGGUUUUCAUGAAUUAAUUGCCUGCAGUUGAUUUUGUCUAACCUCUCCACAUUGCACUUUAAAACAGUAUGAUCACACAGGUUACUUCCAGCCCUGUGAUUUAAAUGGGUUGGCUGAUUCAGUUCUUUUUACAAUAUUCAGAGAGUUAUGGUAUUUUUCGAUUGCAUUCACUCUCAUUGCAUUUAUUAGUGAUUCAUCAUCGGAAUCAUUAUACCCAUGAAUUAAA